CGGGGCGUUUCAUUCGGGCAACGCUCCCUGGAAAGCACGAUGAAGCUCACCGAAGACGACAUAUACCGCACCUCCACGCAAUAUCAACAUUGGACAUUUACCGCCGCCCAACUCGCCGCACAGCGCCUACAAACCAACAUCCAAGCCAGCGAACGCGUUCGAGCGGCCGUCGCGAGGCAGCGCGCUCCACGAUCGCUGAAAGCCGAGAAUGCCAGCGCCAGCGAAACAGAAAGAGGCGAAAGUGGAGCGAAUACCCCGGUGUUGGCGGUGGAUAGGGAGGUCAAUUGUUUGACGGUGGGGGAGGAGAAGAAGCUCGUUGAUACAUUCUGCAAGAGAGCGUUGGACUUGGGAGAUUUCUUGAAGUUGCCUAUCGAAGUCACUGCAACAGGAGUCCAAUACAUGCGGCGCUUCUACCUCCUCAACUCCCCCAUGACCUACGACCCCCAGACCAUAUCCCGCAGCGUUAUCUUCAUCGCCAGCAAAGCCGAAGGCCACCACCUCUCCGUCGAGCGCUACGCAUCCUCCCUCCCCAAGACCACGCCCGCCGACAUCCUCGCGCCAGAAUACCUCAUCACGCAAGCCCUCCGCUUCAACUACGAAGUGCGGCACCCCUUCCGCGGCCUCAAAGGCGGCCACCUCGAACUGAUGGCCCUCGCACAAGGCAAACCCGCCCUCCUCCCCACAGCAACGCAAUCCGCGCAAGAGCUCCAAACCGCCAUGCUCGCCCUACCCCGGAAACCCGACGGCCCCGCGACGAGCAUGACGGUCGCCGAGCUCGAGAAGCGCAUCACUGACGCCUACGGCCUCGCGUCGCACAUCCUCAAGACGGCCGCCCUCCUAACAGACGCAUAUUUCCUCUACACCCCCUCGCACAUCUGGCUCUCGGCGCACCUCCUCGCCGACGAACCCUUGACCCUCUUCUACCUCUCCACAAAACUCCCUCUUUCCUCCCCCAUGCAUGACAAACUCCUCUCCACCCUACGCGCCUGCUCCACCCUCCUAUCCUCGCACCCCAUCUCCUCCCACCCCUUGCAAACCACCGCAUCAGCGGAGCAGCAGAAGAAGGAGAAGGAGGAAAUCGGCGCGCUGCUCAAGAAACUCCGCCAGUGCCGUGAUCCGGAUAAGAUUGACCUUGUGAAGCUGAACCAGGCGCAGAAGAGGGACGUCACGGUGAGGGUGGAGGAGAAUGGCGGCGAGGGGUUGGAGGAGAGCAAGGCGAAGAGGAGGAAGGUGGCGAGGGAGAGGGCGGAGAGGGAGGCGGAUGAGUUUUGGGGGCCGAGUUUGAAGAGGAAGGAUGAGGAGGGGAGUGGGGGUAAUCUGGAAAAGAAUGGCGGGUGAGUGUGCUGGAAGGCGGAGAGGGGAUGAAAAGAGCGGGAUUGUUUUUUUUAUUGCAUUGCGUGGCGUCUGGAUCGGGGUUGGGAAUCUGGGUCAUUAUAUCAAGGGUUGGUUUUGGAUGUAUAAAAGGGGCGUUGAUGAUUUCAGGUGCGAGGUCUACUGAUUUCAGAUUUCACAUUCCAGACGUACCAGCCAGCAUCUUAGGAGAAUCAGACAAGGACAAUGAACUAUGCAA